CCCCGUCCCGCUCCCGGUCGCGGUCCCGCCGCUCGCCCCUCACCGCCCACCGGCGGGGCGGGCGCUCCGGGAAGGGCGGCCCGGGCGGUGCUGCCGCCUCGGUCCCGCCCGCUGAGGGGAGCCCCGGGCGGCGGCAGGCGGGCGGGCAGGCAGGUAGGUGGGUGAGGAGCGAGCGGGGCGGCGGCGGUAAGAUGGCGGCGUAGCGGCGCUGCUCGGCGCGGUUCCCGCCCUGACAGGCGGCGCCCGGCCCCGCCAUGAAGCUGGUCAUCCUGGAGACGUACGCGCAGGCCAGCGAGUGGGCCGCCAAGUACAUCCGCAACCGCAUCGUCCAUUUCAGGCCCGGGCCCGGGCGGUUCUUCACGCUGGGGCUGCCCACAGGCAGCACGCCGCUGGGCUGCUACCGCAAGCUGGUGGAGUACUGCCGCAACGGGGACCUCUCCUUCCAGUACGUGAAGACCUUCAACAUGGACGAGUACGUGGGUCUCCCAAGGGAUCACCCGGAAAGUUACCAUUCCUUCAUGUGGAAUAACUUCUUUAAGCAUGUUGACAUCUCAGCAGAAAAUGUUCACAUUUUGGAUGGAAACGCACCUGAUCUACAGGCAGAGUGUGACGCAUUUGAGGAUAAAAUCAAAGCAGCUGGAGGAAUUGAACUCUUCGUUGGAGGUAUUGGCCCAGACGGCCACAUCGCUUUCAACGAGCCUGGAUCAAGUCUGGUAUCCAGGACACGAGUGAAGACCUUGGCUAUGGACACUAUACUGGCUAAUGCCAGGUUCUUUGACGGUGACCUCUCCAAAGUCCCCACAAUGGCUUUGACGGUCGGAGUAGGCACUGUCAUGGAUGCCAGAGAGGUGAUGAUUCUUAUCACAGGAGCCCACAAAGCCUUUGCUUUGUACAAAGCCAUCGAGGAAGGUGUCAACCACAUGUGGACGGUAUCUGCUUUCCAGCAACACCCCAACACUGUGUUUGUGUGCGAUGAGGAUGCCACGCUGGAACUCAAAGUUAAGACCGUGAAAUACUUCAAAGGUUUAAUGCUGGUUCACAACAAGCUUGUGGAACCCUUAUACAGCAUGAAGGAGCCGGGAACAGAAAGAAGCCAGUCUAAGAAGCCAUACAGCGAUUAAUCUCUUGCUGCUUAGAGUAAUGCUGAACCAGCUUUUCUGUUGAAAACCAGCUGUGAAGAAAGCGAAUUGCUGCAGAAACUCAGAUUUGUUCUUAAAUUAGCAAAAUGAUUAUGUGCUUGCUCCUGUCCGUUAAAAAGACAGAUGCAACACCUGCCUUAAUUAACCAAACGAGGAUGGGAACCAGUAUAGUGUGUUCCACAAACUUCCACCACGAGCUUAUUCUCUGAAGGUGAAGUUGGUGGAGAACGAAUUUUUCAAUCUAUGAAGCAACUGUAAUCACGUGGACUGAGGGCCCCAAAACUUAAGUGUGAAGAUACGUGAAAGUACAGUGUUGUAGAAACCAAACGGGUGCUCCCUUUGGGAUGCAUCUCUUAAUUCUGACAAGUACCUUUUUGUGUCACUCUCCUUCCAUAAUACGCUCUUACAUUAUAGACAUUUAAAACGAGAACCGAGCUUGUUCAGCCUGGAGAAGGGAAGGCUUCAGCAUGACCUAACGGCAGCGUGCUUCACAGCUACGAGGAGGUCAGCGGGAAGAUGAAGCCAGGCUCUCCUGGGCAGCGUCCCGGGGGAAGAUGAGAACGGGCAGGGGGGCUUGGGUUGAGUUGAGGUGCUCAGACUGGAUAUAAGUUAAAAAACCUGACCCACAAGGAGACUCGGGCAGUGGGGCAGGCUGCCCAGGGAGGCUAUGCAGCCUCUGUCCUUAGGGGGUUUUCAAGACCUGACCAGGUAAAGCCUUGGCUGAACCCCUCUUUGAGCCAGAUGUUGGACUUGAGACCGUUCUGGCAAAAGGGAGGCUACAGACAGCGUUCAUCAGUGCUGCGUUAAUAAUGCAGUAUCAUUAAUGCAGUUAAGGCAUUUGUUUAUGCAUCUAUAUGGUUUUAUUUGUUGUCACACAGGAAGCCUUACAAGUUCAGUUUCAGGCUUUACGAUGUACUACAAGAGGAUAGAUUUGUCAGAUUAAGCAUAAAUAACUUCUCUCGCUGCUGCUCAGCACUCUGCUACAGUGUCAGGGCAGAGCCUGAAGCAGUACGUUCUCUCUCCCUCCUUUCCGUGCUUCACGCUGCAAUGAGGAAAUGCCAAACAAGUCUCAAAGGAAGCACUCUGUUCCCUCAGCCCCACACAGGUGGAAGCAGCCUGUACUGGCAAGGCACCACCAGUUCUGAAACUUGAUUCCCAGCUGUCUUAUCACAUGCUAACAAGUGAGGUGCAAGACAAACUGGGGAGCAUUUAUUUUCUUUAUGCAGAAAUUUUGUAAGCUGUUGUUCUGUAACGUAACUUUCUACAGUAAAUGUCUUAUUUUUUUCUGAACGGUCA